GCCUUCGCCAACAUGGCUGCGCCCGCAGCGGCCUGCGUUUGGGUGCUCCGCUACCUUCUCUUCCUCCUCCUUCUCCUUCUGCUGCCGGCGACCGACGGAGCCGUAGGGGAGGCAGCUCCCGGCGGGGACUGCGGGUGCAGCGUUAGCCGGGCCGGCGGUGGUGACGGGCGGGAGGUAGCGAAGCGGCGGUACUCGGCGGCGGCGGGCGGCGGACGGAGCGCGGGGCGCGGGCCGAUGGUGGCUAUUCCAGGAGGAGUGUUCACAAUGGGCACUGAUGAGCCUGAAAUACAGCAAGAUGGAGAAUGGCCUGCUAGAAGAGUCCACCUUAACAGUUUCUACAUGGAUCAGUAUGAGGUCAGCAAUGAGGAGUUUGAGAGAUUCGUGAAUUCUACUGGGUACGUUACUGAGGCGGAGAAAUUUGGCGAUUCUUUUGUGUUUGAGGGAAUGCUGAGUGAAGAAGUGAAGGCUGACAUCCACCAGGCAGUUGCAGCUGCUCCCUGGUGGUUGCCUGUGAAGGGAGCCAACUGGAAGCACCCUGAGGGUCACGACUCUAGUAUCUCCAACAGAAUGGAUCAUCCAGUUCUUCAUGUUUCCUGGAAUGAUGCUGUGGCAUUCUGCACCUGGGCAGGGAAACGAUUACCAACUGAGGCUGAAUGGGAAUACAGCUGUCGAGGGGGUCUUGAAAAUAGACUUUUCCCAUGGGGCAACAAGCUUCAGCCAAAAGGUCAACAUUAUGCCAAUAUCUGGCAAGGAGUGUUCCCAACUAAUAACACUGCAGAAGAUGGAUACAAAGGAACUGCGCCUGUCACUGCGUUUCCUCCCAAUGGAUAUGGCUUGUACAACAUUGUAGGAAAUGCCUGGGAAUGGACAUCGGACUGGUGGGCUGUUCAUCAUUCAAUGGAUGAAGUUCACAACCCUAAAGGGCCCUCAUCUGGGACAGACAGAGUGAAGAAGGGUGGAUCCUAUAUGUGCCACAAGAGUUUUCUGGCAGCCUGGAUGCUUGCUAAGGGGUUUCAUGCAGUUUAAGGAGGAGCAAUACCUAAUGUUCUUAAGGACUUUUUUUUGGUUAGCUUGGAAUUAAACCAACCAACCAACCAAACUGCUUUACCCAGUACGGGUUUGGUUGUUUUUUUUUUUUUUUAGGUAGAAGUUAAAAUGGAUGUAUGCCUCUAAUGCUAUUUUCAUUAUAGUGUUUCAGUGAUACUUGUAAGAGUAGAAAGUAUGGAUGUGACUUUCUUGAGUUUUAUGGCUCUCGAUGCAGGAAGGAAUCAGCUGUUUGCAGAAAGAUUGUUGGGAGAUAAAUGUUUCAGCUUAUGUGACAGUGGACUUGAAAUUCUUUCUGAAAGUCUGGAUACACCACAAUGCAAUAGCCGCUCAUGACACAAAUCAUGUUUUAAACUCUGUUCACGCAGUGCUGGAAAAAAUGCUCAUUGUAGAUCUCCUUUUUUUAUUAAAGCUGCCCUGUUCUUCCUCCCUUUCAAAGCCUGCAGCUGGCAAAUCAUUCUCAUAAUUAGAUUAAAUUUUCUACAGUGAGAUCCCAUUUUCUACACUGAUUUCCUUCUUAGGUGAAAUCAAUGUCAGAUGUUAAUUAGCAGUUUUGAUUAAAUUAACACUGGAAUAGACUCUUCUUCAGUGAUGAAUAAUGUGACCCAUUUUAAAGGCUUGUGAAGAUUCUAGUCCGUCCUAGUCUUUUUUGUAGGUGAUAAAACUAGGCUGUGUACCAAGACAAAAAAACCUGACUGAAUACUAUUAGUACAAGGGCUCUUUAUUAGCUGCCUAAAAAUCUAUUCAGACUCAUCUACCCAUGCUAUUGCUCUUCUGCCUCUCAGAGCUGACAAAGGCUAAAUUGCACCUUUUUACACGUACGCUUAGCAGCUACUUUUAGUUUCAAAACAGAUCGGCUUCAAAAUCCUAUCCUGCACUGCUGGGGUUUAGGGUAGAUAGACCUCUGCAGUGUGAGACACCAGCAGUGUGCGUCCUUCUUUGAGGGUAACAGCUGCUCUCUGGCUCUGCACUGCUGUCGGAAUGCUGGUGAAGAACUUUUGUUUGAAUCUCCUUAGAUGGAGAUAAUGUUAGCUCAUGGAGAUAGACAUCGGCGACCUGCUGCCUCUGAGGGGAUGGGGGGGUUCACAGGGCUGUUCCCGUGAUGACAGAGCCCGUUUAAGUUGUCACCACCCUCGUGGUUGUACAAAUCGAACUGUUUAGUAGCUGUGCCCAAACUCCUGAAGGGAUUCGGGUUUAAAGGAGAAAAACUACCCUCUCCUCCCUGUUCUCCUCUGCUCCCCACUCCCUCCCCGCUGCCCCC